CGCUACAUGCAGGAUGUUGCUAAGUUAAAGUAAAUAAAGACAGAUAUAUCAAUAAUGCAGAGAGAUAAAUAUAUAUGUGUAUUCCGCAGUCCAACAGACGACUCCGUAGGUUACAUCAGAGCAAUCAGAAAUCCUCGAUUACCCCAGAAACUGCAUCAAGACAGAAAUAACAUGAUAAUGGUAUGACUUAUAACUGCUCCCACUAUGGGAACAAAAAGGACUUAUUCUUUCAUGCUGCUCCAAAUGGGACACCUGUCACAACUAAAGCCAUUAUUUCGAUAGCCUCCUGUAUUAUCCCUCUUGUGUUGGUGGAGAUGGAAGAGGAUGCAAGAACAUCGGUUCCCCAGUUUGAGGACGAAAGGCCAUUGUUUCACAGUAAUCAGAGACCCCCGGGUUCCUCAGAGCCAUUUGUGCUGUCAGGAAGUGAUGUGAGGGUUCCAUACACCAUCAAUCGAUAUUUGCGAGACUACCAGCGACAAGGCAUUACAUUUAUCUAUCAUAACUAUGCUAAAUCCAGAGGAUGCAUUUUGGGGGAUGAUAUGGGCCUUGGAAAGACCGUUCAGGUCAUUGGCUUUCUGGCUGCAGUUUUGCAGAAAACAGGUACAUGGAAUGAUGUAGAGAACAAUAGGCCACAGUUUCUGCUUUCACAAAAAACAUCAGAACAGGCCAAAAUUCAGAAGGUUUUCCUCAUUGUGGCUCCACUAUCUGUCCUAUACAACUGGAAAGAUGAGUUGGAUACCUGGGGUUAUUUCAGAGUGGUGGUUGUGCACGGUGUGAGGAAGGAUGAAGAACUGGCACGUGUGCAAAGAGGAAGAUGUGAGGUUGCUCUUACCACUUAUGAGACCUUCAGACUCUGUCUUGAGCAGUUCAACAGUAUUGAUUGGGAUGCUGUCAUUGUGGACGAAGCUCACAAAAUAAAGAACCACAGGUCCCAGAUCACUCAGGCCAUGAAGGAAAUGCGAUGUAAAGUAAGGGUUGGGCUUACAGGAACUGUUCUUCAGAACAACCUGGAGGAGCUGUGGUGUGUUAUGGACUGGGCCAAUCCCAGAUGCCUGGGGUCUCUGGCGGGUUUUAAAAACAGGUUUUCAGAACCAAUUGAGCACGGGCACAAGCACAGUGUUACAAAAAGAUCUCUGGCAGAAUGUCGUAAGGCAGUUCAGGAUCUGGCCAAAAAACUUUCACGCUGGUUCCUCAGGAGAACAAAGGCCCUCAUUAGUGACCAGCUACCUAAGAAAGAUGACAGAGUGGUGUAUUGCUCUCUCACAGACUUCCAGCAGACAGUGUACCGUGCUGUGCUGGACACAGAUGAUGUGACCUUGCUGUUGCAGAGCUCAAGAAAUUGUCACUGUAGCAGUGGACGUCCACGGAAGAAGUGUUGCUACAAACUCAAUGCAGAUGGUGUGCCUGUCAGACACCUGUACUUCAGCUAUCUAGCCAUACUGAGGAAAGUGGCCAAUCAUGUUGCACUACUGCAGACCAAAGAAGGAACCAGCAAAAAACAGGAGAAAUAUGUGACAGCCAUUUGUGAGCAAGUUUUCAAGAAAUUUCCAGACUUCACAGAGCGGUGCAAACAGGCAGCAUUUGAAGCAAUGUCAGACCCCAUGUACAGUGGAAAAAUGAAGGUUCUGCAAAAGCUUCUAAAUCACUUUAUCAUAAAGAAAGAUAAAGUUCUACUUUUCUCCCUCUCCACCAAGCUGCUAGAUAUUCUGGAGAGCUAUUGUAUGGCAGAGGGUCUGGAGUUUCGCAGACUGGAUGGUAACACCAAGUCUAAGGACAGAGUUAAGAUAGUCAAAGAGUUCAACAGCUCUCUGGACAUAAACCUGUGUCUGGUGUCUACCCUGGCUGGUGGUCUUGGUCUCAACUUCAUCGGAGCGAAUGUGGUUGUGUUAUUUGAUCCAACAUGGAACCCUGCCAAUGACCUUCAGGCUAUUGACAGGGCAUAUCGUAUAGGCCAAUGCAGGGAUGUGACAGUAUUUAGACUCAUCUCUCUGGGAACAGUAGAGGAGAUUAUAUACCUUCGCCAGAUUUACAAACAGCAACUUCAGUCGUCAGUUAUAGGCCGAGAGAAUGCACGACGGUAUUUUGAGGCUGUUCAGGGUACUGACGGCCAGGCAGGGGAGCUGUUUGGCAUCCACAACCUUUUUCGCCUGCAAACCGAUGGCACCUGCCUAACCCACCGCAUCCUGGAGAGGGAGGGCCAAGUGGAGAUGGGUAACAUGACGGCCAAAACACAAGCUGUGGACGAGAGGAUGCAUGAGCCAGAUCCACUGUCAGCAGAUGGUUUUACUGAGCGAGCAGGUGGGUCAGCAGUCACUGGAUUCAAACCUGCUGGAGUUUUGGAUUUCAGUAGUGCUAGUGAGGAUGAAGAUCCCUGCUGCUCUAGGCCGCGGACCUCAGAACCACACACAGCAGAGGAAAUGGAACCUGGUGCAUCCUGUAUUGGAAAUUCAAGCCUUUUCACUCUGCUCCAGAAACAUAUAGCUCAGAGAAUACAGCAGGGAACAGACAGCAGUGAAGAAGAUUCAAGUAACCAGAGUCAGGAUGAGGAGAACUGGGAAAAGCCCACCAAGAUUAAGGGAGAAAGAUCUAAGACAGGCUGGGAUCUGGCCAGUAAAUUACAGGAGAAGAAGGAAGGAGACUCUGCCUGUAAACCUCAUGGAUGCAGAGCACAGACAAAAUCAGAUCUCACUGUGAAUCUAGUUAAACAAACACAUAUGGAAGAGUCUGCAGAACUUGAGGUUCUUCCACAAAGAGCUCAUGAACAUGGUGGCAAUGACUGGAUAAAUGGUGGCAAGAAUAAUUUUCACAAGUUUGCAGAAAAAAGGUCUGAAGAUGAUAUUGAAAGUUUUUCUUCUUCUGAAGAUGAAGUGCCCCAGGAAAGAGUAAAACUUGUGAAGGGUCCUUUUCCACAGGAGAAUAAACCAGCCCUCAAACUGCCCUCUGGGAGGGAUAACACUGCCCAAAGAUCUGUUAGGUUUACAGGCUUAAAGAACCGAAAUACACUGAUAAAACCUGGAUCUGACAAGACCCAAUCCAGAGAAAGACACACUGGAACCAUAGACUCAUUAUUAGGUGAACUUCAGCAUGUGAGCUACACCCACUCUAAUCAGAAGGUAGUGGGAUCAAGCAGAGCAGAAGACUGCCUGAGCCGUGCUGCCAUAAGAGAUGUGUUUGAACUCAACAUGCACUCACAGCUUCCAGCAAACCAGCUUUUGGAUUUAUCAGAGACUCCCUCCCAGUUAUCUGAGCCUAUGCUCGCAGAUCACAGCCAUGGAGGUCAGACACCACUGGCAUAUGACAGACCCCACAUGGAGCAUCCGGUCACGCACUUCAUCAAAACCUCUUACCGCCAGAACAAUGUGACUUUCAUUGUAGGCGAGACACCCAGUAGCAUCCGCAGGCAGCAGCUGGAGAAGAUGGCUCGGUUCUUUGGGAGCUGUUCAAAGGACUUCGCAGAAGAGAUUCUGAAGAGUGAUUCUGAGCAGAGACUUAACCGAUUAUGUUGCUUCUAUGGCCAGAAGAGCCCUGAAAUCAAGGACAUCAUCAAAAAGACCUUUUCUAAACCCAACGCUGAGCCAAAGCAACCCACAUCAUCGGCACCCGCUAAGUCCGGUCCAGCCAGACAAAGACGUACUUCAAAAAGAGCCCACCCAAGCUCGUCUCUGAAACUCCAGGUUGAGAUACCAACCCCUAAAGUUAAGGAUCAGAAAAGAACAUUAAAGAAAAAGAGAAUCUGUGGUAGAGAAAUCCCUGAGGUUCACCAUCAUUGCAGUAGAGACCUCACAAACAACACAAUUAAGACCUUGUCCUCCACAAGUGACUCAGACCAGAACAUAAAUGGAGUCUCUUUUUUCCAGCCAACGAGUUCUGGUCAUCUUCCUCAGAGGAGCCGUGCACCAACAGGAGAAAGUAAAAUCAACAAUGGGAGUUCCUCACCAGUCAGACAACCUUUUGAGGACCAGGAAUACCCUUCAGGGUCAUCUCCUUUCUCAAAAAUGCGUUGCGGACCAUCAAGCUCAACCAAGAACAACAAUUCCCUUAUCAGUGACCUUAUUGGUGAUACAUCCAUUCUGAAUGACUUGUUCAAAUCAAAGAAGAAGAGUGUAGGGCAGCCGAGAGAAGCAACAACAUCCACAUGCACAGAGAGAGCAAAGAGUAGAGGAAAGGACUUUUGGGAUAUUUUGAAUGAAGGAAAUGAGGAGAGCAUUAAUAAACUCACAGAUCUGUCUGAGGUGGAGAAGAUCUGUAAGAGUGUUAAUGUCUCUGCUAUGUCUAGGAAUAAUGAGAAAACUAAAGGCUCUCAACUCUGGAAGAAAAAUGAGAAAUUUCUCUGGAAAAUCUAGAGUUCCUCCAUUAUGUUUAUUUUAUUUUAAACAAUGUUUUUACUAUGUUAAGUUUUAUAUCAAUGGUGUGCAUUUUCAUUAAUUUAUUUAGAUUUUUGAGGGUUCAGUUUGAAUUAUUAAGAGUGUAAGUCUUAAGUGUACACUGUAUAUGUAAAGUAUUACAGUGUCUUUUUUUCAUUUAUAUGAUUUUGAGUUCAUGUUUUAAUGAGUG